AUGCUGAUUCUCCCUCACCACCCUCAGUUAUCAUUUCCUCCCCAAAACCCAAAAGCCCCUCAAACCCUAGAAAUGUCUUCCUCCCUCGCUCUCCGCCAUGCCCGCCACCUCUCAAGCACAGCCACUGCCGCCGCCAACACCACCACAGCCACAGCCACAACAGCUACCAUCUCUAUCUCCAAAGCCAAAGCUAAACUCAAAUCUGAGUACGACCCAGACAAAGCCCUAGAAAUCUAUUCCUCCGUCUCCAAUCACUAUACCUCUCCAGUCUCCUCUCGCUACGCCCAAGAUCUCACCGUUAAACGCCUAGCAAAGUCACACCGGUUUGCCGAGAUCGAAACUCUCGUUGAAUCCCACAAAAAGGACCCUAAAAUCACCCAAGAACCCUUCCUUUCCACCCUCAUUCGAUCAUAUGGCCGUGUCGGUAUGUUCGACCACGCCUUCAAAACCUAUAACCAAAUGGACGAUCUGGGUACACCCAGAUCAGCAAUUUCCUUCAAUGCCCUUUUGACAGCUUGUAAUCAAUCAAAGCUUUUCGACCAAGUCCCCAAACUGUUCGACGAAAUUCCCGCAAAACACGGGUUUUCGCCUGACAAGGUGUCCUAUGGGAUUUUAGUUAAGUCAUAUUGUGAUUCGGGUUCGCUUGAUUUAGCUAUGGAUACAUUGAAAAAUAUGAAGGAAAAUGGGAUGGAAAGAACGACUAUCACUUACACCACGGUGAUGGAUGCCUUGUAUAAGAAAGGGAGAGCGGAUGAAGCUGAGAAAAUUUGGGAUGAGAUGGUGCACAGAGGGUGUGAACUGGAUGUUGGGGCUUAUAAUGUUAGGCUAUUUAAUUUACAGGGUGGUGAUCCGGAGAAUGUGAAGGGUUUGAUUGAGGAAAUGAGCAUUGCAGGGUUGAAACCCGACACGAUUAGUUACAACUAUUUGAUGACUUGUUAUUGUAGGAAUGGGAGAUUGGAUGAGGCUAAGAAGGUCUAUGAGGGGUUGGAGGGAAAUGGGUGUCAUCCUAAUGCGGCAACAUUUAGGACUUUGAUUUAUUAUUUGUGUAGGAAUGAGCAGUUUGAGAAGGGGUACAUGGUGUUUAAAGAGAGUGUGGGGGCGCAUAAGAUUCCGGAUUUUAAUACGUUGAAGUAUUUGGCUGAAGGGUUGGUGAAGAAGUCGAAAAUGAAGGCGGCAAAAGGGUUGAUUCGGACUGUGAAGAAGAGGUUCCCUCCUAAUGUUUUGAAGGCUUGGACAAAACUUGCGGAGGAUCUUGGUUUGGCUUCCUCCGAGUCUGAGGCCAACUCUGGUGGGAUAAAAGAAGCCAGGACAUGAGUAUUGGUAGACAUUUAGGUAAGUAGAGUGCACUUGGAUUCGAUCAUUAGCAAUAUGGAGCAAUAGAUAACCCUGGUGAGAUAAAAGAAGCCAGGACACGAGUAUUGGUAGACAUUUUGGUAAAUGGAGUGAACUUGGAUUUGAUCAUCAGCAAUAUGGAGCGAUUUGAUACAAUUGACUGAGAUGUCAUGAGUGAUGCAAAUAGGGGGUGGCAGCGAUGCUCAUUUGUCAUGAGUGAUGCAAAUAGUGGUUGGCCAGGAUGCUAGUUUUUGCUGCUCGGCUGUGAACUGGAUGUGGAGCUUUCGUUGAAGUUCUUUUAUGUUUCAGAAGAGGUGUAAACACCUUGGUUCAAUUAUUGCCCUUGUUUAGUGUCCAGCAUCUCAUAUAACUCUGAAAUUUUGGUUCUUUUUCUGUCAAGUUUUGUCAUUUUAAUGAGGCUGCUAAUGUGUGGCCUUGCUCAACGUGUUGCAUUAUCAUUUCUCAUACACUUUGGGUGAAUCGGACACUGAUUUUCGUGAUUUCCUUGAGGAUCAACUUAGAAGCUGUUAGCCCAUUGUUGCUCAUUUCUGAAGAGAUGAGCAUAUUUUUGCAUCUGCAGCUGAGCUUUGUGCUCAACGGUGGCCAAUAGAAAGUCCGCAGUAGUAGUAAAUAGCUAUAUUUCAUCUUUAUGACUAAGACACCAUAAGUGGAUGUUUAUUGCAUAUGCAUAUACCGACAAAAUUCAAUUAGUAUCACAUGCUUAUAUGUAGGGCACAUCAUAUAUAUAUGGUAUGUUAUUUUUUGAAUUUUGAUACUUUGUGACAAUGAUAACGUGGUCAACCUGACAGUAGGGGUGUACUUACGCAGAGUGUG